CCGAGCGAGGCCGAUCUCAAAUUGUCUUCAAAACGAAAUCAGCCGAAGUCUCCCAGAUAACGCCGAUUUGUAAAACAGAAGUGUCUUUCUUUGGCAGAUUGGGGGCGAUGAAGAAGGGCUGGAUAGCAGGAGGAAGAGCAGAAACCUCCUUUUAAACCGCAUUCCUCUGUUUCCCGUGCCAAUCCCUGCGCUGCUUCGGAUCCCACAUGCAGAGACAUCCAGCUAAAAUGAGGCUCACGCGUGUGGCAGUCAUCAGCACCCUCCUGUGCUCAGUUUGGUCAUCAACCAUUAAAGCUAAAGACGAACACCGCACUGCAUUCUUUGGGGAAGACGUUCAUAUUCCGGUGCCGGCUUUAGACACAACAGAGGUGUUGUUCAAGCCGAGGGUGGAUCCGGUAGAAGAGCGGGCUUUCCUGCGAGGCGGGAAAAUUCUGGACUCAAGGGCCAAACUGAACGUUCACAUCAGUCAUUUGAUCCUGGAGGAUGUGGGCGAGGAGGAUGAGGGCACGUACUUGGUGAAGAACUCUGCGGCCCCGGCUGAUGUCAGAAGAAUCAUUCUUAUCGUUAGAGACUGUGCUCUAGAGACUGUGGUGAAAUACGGAGACACGUAUCAUAUCCCGAUCAACCCUUCGAUUGGUCCGUACACCCUUGAGUUCAGGCCUGGAGUCCACCCGACCACAGAGGUGCCGCCCGUGCUGCUUCUCAACCAGACCGGCGUCCCCUCGCUGGAGUACGAGCGCCGCCUGAGCGUGGGAGAGAAGAGGGUCAACCUCCACUUGGUUACAGGAGCCGACGAGGGCAGCUACACGGUCAUAGACAGUGAUGAAAAAGUCCGAUUGAGAGCCUGUCUCAAUGUGAAAGACCACCAGAUCUUUGACCACCUGAACUACGGUGAAACCCUGAAGAUCAAGCUCCACGUGGACCACACCAAGGUCAAAAUGGUCUACAUCCCAGACACUGACCACAAGGAGCGACUCAUCAUGGACCAGGGGGAGCUGACGAUACCCGACUCUGCUUUUGAGGGCCGGGCGUCCGUGGAGGGGUCCGUGUUCUUCCUGAAGAAGGUCAAAGUCGCCGACAUGGGUGUCUUUCGAGUCAUGGACUUUUCCGGCUUCCGCAUAGCCGACGUCUACCUUCACGUGGAGCCCUAUAAGCUGCCGCAGCUGUACGUGGCCAUCAUCUCCUUGCUGUCUCUGCUGGCGUUCCUGCUGUUGGUGUGUCUGCUGUCCUGCCUGAUCAAGGUUCACCGGCGUGCCGAGCGAGCUCGUAAGAUCACUCUAAUCGCUCAACAGGCCGGCAAAGGCGACGGAGAGGCCUUCAGACAGGUGGUUCAAGAUGCUUAUACUAGAUUCACGGAGGAGUCCACCGUACAGUCCACAUGGGAGAACGCCACCGAGAGCACAGAAGUUGAGAUCAAAGGUCUAGAGGUAUCAAAACCGGGUCAGUACCAGGCUCUCCAGUCCGAGAAGAACCUCCUGGAGAUGAACGACUCAGGCGUGGAGUUCAACUCGUCCGCGCUCCCCCUGGACAGCGACACAGACGUCCCCGACAAUCUGACCUCUCAGAAGCUCCUGCUGGAGUCCGACACCCUCGCCGGUGACCCGCCGGCCGUGUCCGAGGGCGAGCACAGCGCCACCCGCACCCCCGACUCCAUCCUGAGCGCCAGCCCCGUCGUCCAGCCCAAACCCGCUCAGGUAGACGCCGCUCCGCCUGAGGAAACCACCAAAGCCAACGACGGAGAUGCUUCGCCGCGCUCCGAAAAAGCACUGGAUCCCACGACCUGAGCACUUUAAAGCCGACCGAGCCGCGCUGCAACCAGCGUGGCCACCCUUCCUUCACCACAUCUCACCGUCUGACGUGACACUUCAUCUUGCUUGGAUCGAUCUGCUGCAUAACGAAUGGUUCGUCGAUCGGAGAUUCUAGAAGAACGAUAGAACAAAUCCAAAAGAAGACAGAAAAAAAAUAAAUAUAUAAAAAUUGAAGAGCCGAAUCGGUCCUGCACUAUGCAUGCCUUUGAGGACUAGUUUGAUACCAAGUGCUAGAUUAGAGUGACCAUGUAGUGCAUGUGAGAAGUAAGACUUCAUACUUUUUUAAUCUUACAAAACAAUGCGACUGUAACUUAAGACUUUUACGAGAACUGCCUGAGACUCCGAGGAAGCUUGGAGCGACGCCCGAAGCGGACCGCGCUGGAUCCUACAUCUGCCAAAACGCCAAAUUGUGAGAAUUUCUUCAUUGGUGGAAUCGAAGCAGGAUUCACCUCCGAGAUCAAACGCGCUUCACCUGCUGCGAAUGCUUCCUUUCAGUCACCGCCGGCUUUGAAGUGCUUUGCUGAUAAUCCUCGCCAAUGGUAAACCAAACACCUUGAUGAAUCAGGUCUGCGUGGAUGACAGGUAUCCGAUGCGGCGGCUUAGAGCCGUAAAUAGGAUCAGCGGCGGUGGAGGGUUUUGGCCCUGGUUCAGAGGAACUCCUCUGAAGGAUCAGCUUGUCUCAGCAGUUCUAGCUGCUGAUUCUGCUGGGGUGUCUCCACAACCCGGGCCUUUCCGGCGAUCUCCUUUUCUAGCGCUUCUCGCGCCGUCCUUUAUUCCUAAUCAUUUGAAUAUAUUUUAGCUCGGAGAAACGCGCCCGUUGAGAAAAUGAUUUGCGACGAGAUUCAGCUAAGCGGAGGUCUAGGGGGUGCUGAGUUCAGGAUAAUUCAGUAUUCGUAAUAUCUAAUGGGCUUUCGUUACGUAGAUUUGAAUCGUUUGUGUUUGACUCACUGCUGUCGGUACGCUUGAGUCGGCAUGAAUCAUCCAUAUUUCCAGCUGCAACAUUGUGCUUCUGCAGUUUUGCAAGAUUUUUAAGAUUUAAUCAUUUCUAAUAUCUUUCUCGUACCCUAAAACUCUUAAAAAUAAAGUUUUUUUUUUACUAGCAUUGAUGUUCAGUGAGGAAUCAUUAACAUUCACUGAACCUUUCAAGUGCAAAGAAAAGAUUCUUUUCUUUAUUAUGAAUAUUAUGUUUAUUACACUAAGAAAAAAAAAACUUUGUGGCAAAAAUCAGCUUUAUUUUUAAGAGUGUAUAAUUGUAAUUCUCUUUUAGUGUUCUCAUAGCACUUAAUUUUUAGGUUAAUGCUACAUGUUUCUAUUGGAUAGAUGCGUUUCUGCAGGUAAAUCAUUUGUGAGGAGGAUUCUGAUGCAAUAUUAAAAUGAGCUGUAGCUGGUGGGUGGAGUCUUACAGCAAAGGGGCGUGGUUUGGCCUGUUUGUGAAAUUGCUACCUCAUGUUUUGGUGUCUGAAGGACGCAUGGAAGGGAAAAUGGCAAAAGACACAGGGUGUCAAAAAAAGCACAAUUAAGACAAAAUCCUUGCAAAAAGAUGUGAAUUAAAUUGCAGCUAAUGUAAAUACAGUGGUUUGCAGAAAAUAGUAGGCAAAGUAGUUGAAUUGCGAAUUAAUCGAACCCCUUUUUGCUUAUAGUGAACCCUUUAGUGACUGCAUUCAGAACACGGAUAGAUUGAUUGUAAUUUUUUUAUGCAUUUAAAAAAAAAAAAAAAAAAAAAAAAAAAAAGUUUUUCUAUAUUGCAUUGAAAUCUAUUGACCCUAGAUUUUUGAGCAGCUUGCAUUAUUUUAAACUCCCAUUUCUUCACUCCAGAAACUGUUUUAUUGAUUAAGGUUUGUUAUGUCACAUGACUAAACGUGCCAUUAUUGGGCCUUAUGAAGCAAUAUUAGUGUGAAAGCAUUGGGCCUUGCUUAUGAAGCAUAAGCCAAAAUAUUUUCUUUGUGUAUUGUUCAUAAACCUUUCACUCUCAGAAAAAAAAGUUGCUAAAUCUGUCUUUAAGGUAUCGGUAUUCACCUUUUAGGUUGCAAACGCGUACCUUUCGAAAAGAUACUGCCCCCGUGACAGCUUUUUCUUCCUGAGAGCAUUCUUACAUUCAAAGUUCGUAAUCAAUUCGCUGCAGCAUUUUAUGUAUGAAUAGUCUUAUGAUUGAUUUGCGCCACUCAUGUUUGAUGAAUGAGGCUGGAUGCACUCACGCACACACACACACACACACACACACACACACACACACACACACACAGGGUAGGUGCAACAAACAAACACAAACUUCUGUACAUAGAUGUAUUGCAUGUUAAUGAUCAAUACUAUCCAAUGAUUGCUCUAUUCUUAUGAAUUAUUCUUCAGAUAACAGACACAGCUUCUAAAGAAAUGAAUGACAUAAAAAACAAGAAACCUUCGCAGGGUUUCUGCAGGUCAUAAAUUGGCUUUUUAUUCGCUCUUCCACAAAUUAAGACCUUAAAAAUCUGAGCUGAAAUCUUAAAUUCAGAAAUUGGUGGCAUUUACGGCGAAAAAAACAACUUCUUCCUCAGUGUUUUUGUCUUAAAUAUAUAAACCUUUUUUGAUCGAGGUACAUUCACUUGAGAUUGGAAAAAAAAAGCAUAUAUCAAGGCUUGUUUUUUAAGGGAUUGAACAAAAUGAAGUGAGUUUAUGCUUAAAACAAGAACAAAUAUGCCAGUGGGGUAUGAAAGCGUGUUUUUCCUUCGAUUUAAGGGAGUUUUACAGACACCAUUAUCACAUGUGUUUUGUUUUAAUCACAAACUCACUUCAUUUAGAUGAUGAUCUUUAUGUCAUCUGCGUCUUAAGUAGACAUAUCUUGAUUUAUGACUCCUUACAGAUGUGCACUGGAGAAAAAAAAAAGACUGCACGUGUGAAAGCAAGUUAUUUCCAGAAGUCUAAUAAUCUGUAUUUGCAAACUUUGAAGAACAUGAGAGAGCAUUCUGAUGAAUCCCGUCACGUUCUUUCCUUCAUUAUGUUCUUGGCUUGCUCUUAAAGUCUUAAAUCUAGCUUCAUGAAACCUGCAGAAACCCCGCUUGGGCACCGUCACGCUGUAACCUUUGCACUUGAGAAUGAUUUUUGAUAAUGCAAAACUCAAGAAAUAUAUAAUUGCUAUUUAUUAUACUCUCUUUAUAUAUGCGCCGAUGUCAUAGAUCUGCUAUAUACGCGACUAAAAGCAUUACAGAAGCAUGCUGAACUAGAGGUUGCCUGUUAGAAACGAGACUUCAUUGCGUUGCAUCGCUUUGUCUCUGAUGAGAAGUAUUCUUAAUGUCAGUGUUAUUUUAGCAGUGUUUAUUCGGCUGAAAAUGGAUGUCACAGUGUAUGAUUAUGCAAUUUACAAUCGUGAACGGAACACAUCUCCAAUCCUCAGGCGUCGCCGAGCACAACUAAAUCAGAAGAAGAAAUGGAUCUCAUUUUCCUGUUUCUCACAAUCAUGUUAUAUACUCAUUUUUAGCUCGGUUAUACUUGAAUAAAUGCAUUCACCCCUCAAAGCUCAGCGUGAUUCACCUUUAUAAAGGUCAUGGCUUUUAAAUGUGUUGAAAUUUGCAUUUGCGUUUGCAUUUGAGUGCUUUGAGCCGGACAUACAUCACAAUUCUGCACAAGAAAAGGCACUUGUCGUAGCAAUACGAGCCCAUCCUGCUCAGGUUCGAUCAGUGGCUCACACAGAUGCUGGCAUCACGUAAUGAAUCGAGCUCAGGAGCGUGCAGGAGUUUUCAGCUGUCAGGUUUCUCGAAGUGCUUUAUUCGUCUCAGAAAAGUUGUGGUAGCUUCGUAACAUUGCAGUGUUCUUGCCAGGCUUCCAUAAAACCGUGAAUAUUAACAAUACUUCACAGUCAUGUACAAAGCACGGUGCGCAGGAUCUUGUUUUUAGCCGCUUCAUUUAUUUAAUAUUACACGUGGCUUCAUAGUUUGACCUCGAGCACAGCUUUAGUUCAACUUUGAUUUGCUCUCUUGAAUGAAAGACGAAAAUAAAACUUUGACUUCAAAAAUCCAA